GAGAGAGAGAGAGAGAGAGAGAGAGAGAGAGAGAGAGAGAGAGAGAGAGGACAACCCAAACACAGACGGUUAGCAGACAACUAUUAAACAACGGCGGCCUGACAGCCAUUUAAAUGAACUAAUUCUUCAGCGGUAAAACUAAACAAUGUGACCGAGUGAGAAGGACACCUUGGUGAGGACUGUCGGAAACACAUGACAACCAACUUUGGAUGUUGUGAGAGGCGCACCAUGGCAUCUCAGCCGAGCACAUACAAUGAGAAAAGGAACCGUCUUCGCCUCCAAGCAUGGGAACAGAGGAACCAAGAAACAAGCCAAACCAAAGGACUCCACCAUGAUCAUGUGCCACUCUUUAGGGAACCAUACAAAACAAACAAAGGGGAUGAGCUUUCCAAUCGAAUCCAGAGGAUGCUGGGCAGUUAUGAAGAUGUGAAUAAUCCAUAUCCCUUUGCCAUUGAUCCUCUACCCAUUCCUACUGUUGUCACCUUCUCACAGUCAGAUCAGGGUCAGCCAAACACCAAUAAACCAACCAAACCUCCAUUCCAUAACCAAGUCCAUUACAGGUCCACCCAAAGUCAGAAAUCCCCCUCUAGUAACGUUUACUCCUCUCAGCCCAUGGGGACGUUCACUACCUCUUCUCCUAACCACCAUGGUCUAACAUCAGAUUUCUCAAAUGUGUCUUUGAACCACAGUCAGCUCAGCUUCUCAGCACAUCAACAAAAGAGUGAAGCCCACUCAGAUCUUAUAGAGCGUGGUAGCCUUCCCCAGGAAAUGUCUUCUCAGUCUCCUGAUACUAAGCCUCCACCCUUCCUACAAUACAGUGACCAUGAUUCCAAUGGCAUGGACACUAAGGACACCUUUGAAAGACAUCAACUUCAAGGUUCCACAGAUCACCCCUCUGAGUCUGCCGGCAAAAGGGAUGUCUCCACAUUUAACCUAAAACAGUCCCCCAAAGAUGCAUCUCUGCCUCAAGCCAACAAGGGUAACGCACUACCUUCCCAGACCUUCCCUUCACUCCUGUCGUCGAAGCAGCCCAGCGUAGUCAUGACCCAGAAGCCAACAGCGUAUGUGCGGCCCAUGGAUGGUCAGGACCAAAUGGUCAGCGAGUCACCUGAGCUGAAGCCUUCGCCAGAGCCAUAUGAAUCUCUCCCGGAGUUAAUCAACAAAUCUGACGUGGGCAAAACGAAGAUACUGCCACAAUUUUUGGAGACAAGGACAAAUGAAGUUCUUUGUGUUGAGGACAUCUUGAGGGAAAUGACCCACUCGUGGCCCCCUCUCUUGACAGCUAUACACACACCUAACACAGGUGAACCCAUAAAGUCCCCGUUCCCAGCCAAGGAAUCAGAGCAUAUCUCCUCAUGUCCAGAACAAAAAAACUAUCCUAAAGAAUACUCUCCUGUACAUCCAUCCCAGAUCAUCCAGCAGAGCCCCUCAUUUUCAUUUGAAGCAGCCCAUUCCAGAGGGGUAGACUCCACUAGCUCCAGCGACUCGGAGAGUAGCUCAAGAUCAGAGUCGGACAGUGAAAGCACCAUCGAGGAUCCACCUCAACUUCCUGUGGGAAACUCUGUUAAAGCCGAGCCGGAUGCUCCAGCAGUGUCCCAUGGGGAUUGGCAGUUGGGGAACUGGAUCAGGUCCAGCCAGCAGAACUCUAGCAUUGAAAGUCGAAGUGGUGUACAUGUCUCUGACAGCCUAGCGCACAAACAGCUACCGCCCACUCAAAGUUCCAAGCCCUCGUUCAGUGUAGAGGUGGUUGACACCACCAGGGAAUCUAAACCUCAGCCUUCUUCUCAGCUGAAAGAGUUUACUGAUAAGCAUGCAAAACUCCAGCAGCAUAGUGAAAGCCCCCUGGACAACUGUAACUAUCAAAGUAGCCAAAAAAAAAACUCUGUUGACUCGAACAGCUGUAGCAGUUCCAGGAAACUUUCAUGCAACACACACUCCUCAAAACCAGCACAAGCAGGUUUCCCAGAUUGCAAAGAAGCAGCUAUCAGUGUGAAGUGUGAGGAAGUUGUCGCCACACAAGACAAAGACCCCCUUUUCACAGAUAGACCCAAGGUUAAGACAAAAACAGGACAUAGCAAGAAAAGCAAGGACAACAGUGACACUAAAAGAAACAGUAAGAUGACUUCCAAACACAAGUCACUUGACAAAGCGAAGGCUGGAUCAGAGCCUGUUGUCACGGUGAUGCUGUGUGGUCAUUGUCCAUCGUGUGGUUUACAAUAUCCUAACCCCUGCUCCUGCCACACUCAAAGUCCUGCUCAGCCUGACCAGCUGCCUCCUUCCCUGCCACUCGGAAUAAGUUGCACCAAACCAAAGUUAGAGACCAUUUGCCAGAAGGGCACCAAGGUCUCUAACAAAACAACUCACAAGCAAUGCAAGAAUACAGGGCAGACAGCCAAGAGUUCUCUGGACCCCCACAGGCCUCCUCGAUCCUUGCUGGUGAAGGUUGAUCUAAGUCUGCUCUCAAGAGUCCCCCAGACCUCUGGCAACCACCAGGAGAUACCCAUCAGUGCAAAGAGAUCAGCACUGAUCAUAGAGCAAGAUGGAGGGGGCAGUGAUGCUUCUGCAACACACAAACCCACCAAAACCAGCAAAAAGAGUGUAUCACAAAAUGUUGAGAUAGACCAUACACCUCUUCCCAGGAAGAAACGGAGGCUGGACAGCAAGAAUGCCUCAUCAACUCAUGCGUCUGUCAAACUAGAAUGUUCCAGCAAUUCAAACGAGGACAGAGCGCGAAAGAAAGCAAAGAAAAUUCCUGUUCCUUUGCUGCAGCCUCUGACUCCCAAAAAUGCUGCUAAAGGUCCAAAGGUGCACAUACGCAGUACUGGAGAGGCCCAGGAGUCUAGUAAGAAGGCUCUGAAGAGCAUCGACACCCAUAAUCCCAAGAAGACUAGGGCAAAGCAAACAGAAGAUCCACGAUUUGAAAAGAAGAAGCCCCCAAAGAGCAGCCUCACCAUCCCAUCAUCAUCAUUCUCAUCAUCAUCAUCAUCAUCAUCAUCAUCAUCAUCAUCAACAACAAAGCCCACAAUGGAAGCUUUGAGCAACAGGCCCCUGGUCAGAUUUGAGGACAGGCAUUAUCCUGUAAAGCAUUACAUAAAGGAGGCCAAAAAGCUGAAGCACAAAGCAGAUGCAGAAUCAGAUAAGCACAGUAAAGCGUUCAACUACCUGGAUGCAGCCAUGUACUUUGUUGAAAGUGGCAUCGCGAUGGAAAAAGAUCCACACAUUUCAAUGUCUUCCUACACUAUGUUUGCAGAGACAGUGGAACUGCUCAAGUUUGUACUGAAACUUAAAAACUCAUUGGACCCCUGUGCUUCACCUUCAGAAAAGGACUUUUUAGCAUUAUGUUUGAAGUGCCAGUCUCUCCUGCAGAUGUCUAUGUUUCGCCACAAACACAAAACUGCACUCAAGUAUUCAAAGACCCUCACUGAUCACUUCAGUAACUCAACAACUCUCGAUCCUCCUGUUUUAACACAAAAAGUCACAGACACCCCGUCCUACAAGCCCAACAUGCCGUCUCCAGCCAACACAUCCACCAGUUCCGGCCCGGCCUCCCACCACAGUGGCAGCGGGCUGGUUGUGGACACUGUCUGCAGCACUGUGGCAAUUCCCCAGGCCAUUGGACAGGUGGCAUUCACCUACGUCAACAUCACUAUGUUAUUCUUGAGCGCACAUGACAUCUGGGAGCAGGCAGAGGAGCUGGCACAAAAAGGCAGCGGAAUGCUGGCAGACCUGGACACAGUUAUGGGCCAAUUGAGCCUAACGUCAAGUAUGACCUCUAUGGUCCGUUACACGAGACAAGGCGUCCACUGGCUGAGGCUGGACAGCCUGAAGGUAAAGUGACCAUCAACCCUGCGAACCCUUCAAACUGCCACUCUCUCUUCACUUCACCUCAGUGUGUAGAACUCUGAUACCGACCUGGACUGUCCCACAGGCCCGUGCCAGUUAUCUUUACUUCACAUGGACAUUAACUCAUCAAAAAACAGUAGACAAAGAUGUCCUUUCAUGUGAUGUAAUUAUACCACGCUGAUCAUUGCACUUGUUAUUUAUUGUUUUCUCUCAUGUCCACUUUGGUGUCUUUCUCUUUCUCACAUUUUCAUGAACAUGGGUUACAUCUGCUGUUAUUCACAUAUUUCAUGUCUUGCACCUACAUUGUACCUUCCUGUUCCUCUUCUUCUUCUUCAUCAGUUAAGGUGUGAAAUCAUGUGAUUCACAGCUCUUUAUUCAGGAGUGACCUUAACCAAGUUUGGAUGUAAGCAGAUCAAAUAUAACCAAAAGUGCAAUUUGGUGGCUCUAUAAUUCUCCCCAACCUUAUCAUGUGGUUGUGGUGCAAGUCAUGACUGAGAUCUUAUUUAUUAACUCAACUUUUGUUACUAAUGUUACUGUAAGGCACCAAAAUCAUUGUUCACAAGUAUCAUGUUUUGUAUUAAUUUCUCUUAAAAAAGAGAUUUAAGUUUCCCUGUUUCAGUCUGAAAGAUUGGUUGGAUUUGGAUUCCAGGGGUUUGUAUACUUUAAAUCCUACAUCUUCUCCCACAAAUCAAGGCGAAUUACCCAUGAGAAUUCAGGUGUGCAUGACGUCAUUUCUUAUAACAUUUGUUGUUUUGUUGACACAGUCUCAUCUUUACUAUGCAGGAAGUAGAGACAAGUCAAUUAUGAGGAGAUUGUUGCAGAAGCGCUAAUAUAAUAUCAGUUUAUUAGUUUUUAGCUUAUCCCUUGUUGGCAUCUGUAUUUUCAGUUUUUCAAAUGAGUGUUGCCAUGUUUACUUAGCUCUGGUUAGAUUGAAACACACUUCUUGUGCCAUUGUGAUUGCAUUUAUAAGGAUGAAAAAGUGCCAUACAAUUGAAUAGGCAUCCUACCAGGAGAAAGUGCAUGUUGAAUUUAUGUUGAAUUCUGUAUAGAUUAUUGAGUGCUGCCCAUAACAAGGAUACAUCUGGACAUACAUAAUAAUUUAAUAAUGAGCUAAGGAGGCAAAGUAGGAAAGGGUUUAUGAUUUCAGGGGAGGCAUACCCGCAAGGUUUAGUCUUCUAUGAAUGAAGAAGUCAUUGUGUUGGUGGAAUUUCAAGGCAUAAACAUUUUUUUGUUUUGUCUGUGUUGUAACAAAAAACGAUUGUAAUUUUUUAAGAGCUGACUAGAUUUUAUUCUUUUCAUCCUGGUAAAAAGAAUAGCACUUGUGCCCUACUUCUAAUGGAAGUUGUACAAGCAUCAAAGUCAUCUUAACUUCUUGCAAGAACAAAAAAAGGGGGGGAACAUUUUACAUCCCAGACUUUCCUUAGGUAUAGUGGUGGAUGUAGGGUUUGACAUUGGCCAUGUUUGUCAGUUUGAGUUACCUUUAAAGUAUAGUAAAGCUACCGAUCGUUCAGCAGAUAGGAAACUACAGUAGUGUUUCCUUGAUUUGUUUUUGCAUCAGGAAGCUGCUUUUCUGUUUCCCACAAUUAUGUUGAGAAGAAAAAGUUGAGUUGCAAUAUGUUUACUAAAUCUGUGGGAGUAGAAUAAAGGCCAAACUGCAUCUUGUUAAAAUAUGCACUUUGUUGAGUAUUUGUUGUUAAUUUUAGUUAUUGGAAAAAAGAACAACACGUUCCCAAGACCUGCAGGACUGUUCUAGUCUUUACUGGUUUAUUGCAACUUUGAUUUGAAUUAAUAAAGCAAGAGUGGUUCAAAGUUUUUAGUAAGGUGUUGACGUAGUUAUCACAAAUUACAAGGUAUACAAUCAGAAUCCGUAUGAAUUGUGGGAAAAGAAACAUUGCUUUAGAUUAGCACAUUAAAAUGGCCCGUUUCUUGAAAUAAAUCUAAUGGGUUUAAAAAUGUUUUCCAUGUUAAUUCGGUUGUCUGUGUGCACUUCCACGAUAAAAGGGCUAAACAAGGAUCACAAAGUGUUCCGGACUUUAUUUUCUCACAUAAAUUAUAUUUUUUUAAUUAAGGAGCGAGUACACUGGUGCCACAGCAUUUGGGAUUAUUUUUAUGUACCGAUCAUCAGCAAGCCGUCUUCAUUGCGUACUGGGUAAUUUUUGCAUUGGACAUAAUAGUGCAACUUUAACUGUUUUGUCUUUUCCAACAUAUGUCUUUAUUUCCAUCAUCCUUGAUUGUUGGUGCUUCAUUCAUGAAAACUCUGCAACAAGUUUACACUUCUUGUCCAAAUAAUUAUUUACUGGAAAAAAUGUUAGGUUUUUGAUAGAUGCUUUUUUUCCUUUGUGAAAUAUGUGAAGAAUUUUUGUUGCAGUGUACAGAGAUCAAUAAACACUGGAAAUUAA